ACACGCACGGCGAUUUCUUUAUUUUUCUGCUCAGUCGUGCUAUGAACGGUUCAGUGGAAGGUGCAUUAGCUUAAUCACUGGGCUUUGGUACUUAACACAUAACCGACGUAACCCUUGUAUUAUCACAGUAUUUUCAAGUAUUAUAUUUUGUUUGAUAGUUUAAUACCGCGAUGGCAGCGUACUCCACGAAAGCACUGAACGAUGUAGUGAUAGUAUCUGCAGUGCGAACCCCCAUAGGGUCCUUCCGAGGGAGUCUCGCCAGUGUAUCUGCGACGGAACUGGGCGCGGUGGCCGUGAAAGCGGCGGUCGAGAGAGCCGGGGUGCCCAAAGAGGAGGUUAAGGAGGUGUACAUGGGAAAUGUCUGCUCUGGCUACUUGGGCCAAGCACCAGCAAGACAAGCGACUAUUUUUGGUGGUCUUCCAAAGAGCACAAUAUGCACCACUAUCAACAAAGUAUGCUCCUCAGGCAUGAAAUCAAUUAUGCUGGCAGUGCAGGGGCUGCAAGUCGGUUCACAAGAUGUCAUUCUGGCUGGUGGAAUGGAGUCUAUGUCCAAUGUACCAUUCUACUUGAAACGAGGUGAAACUUCCUACGGAGGUAUGCAACUGGUCGAUGGUAUUGUACAUGACGGCCUCACUGAUGUCUACAAUAAGUUUCACAUGGGCAACUGUGCUGAAAACACAGCCAAGAAAUUAGGCAUCUCCAGGGAGCAACAAGAUGAGUAUGCUAUAUCGAGCUACAAGAAAAGUGCAGCAGCCUAUGAGUCAAAAGCUUUUGCUGAUGAAUUAGUGCCAGUAUCUGUGCCACAAAAACGAGGAGCCCCACCAGUUAUUUUUGCAGAGGAUGAGGAGUAUAAGAAAGUUAACUUUGAUAAGUUCACAAAGUUGUCUACGGUAUUCCAAAAGGAGAAUGGAACAGUUACUGCCGGCAAUGCUUCGACACUCAAUGAUGGAGCUGCAGCUCUCCUUCUGAUGACAGCUGAGGCGGCCAAGAGAUUAAAUGUUAAACCUUUGGCUCGUGUUGUGGGCUAUGCUGAUGGGGAAUGUGACCCAAUUGACUUCCCUAUUGCCCCUGCUGUUGCUAUACCCAAGUUACUAGAAAAGACUGGUGUGAAAAAGGAGGAUGUGGCUCUCUGGGAGAUCAAUGAAGCUUUCAGUGUUGUUGCUGUUGCCAACCAGAAAGUAUUAGAACUGGACCCUGCUAAACUGAAUGUGCAUGGAGGUGCAGUAAGUCUCGGUCACCCGAUUGGAAUGUCAGGAGCGAGGAUAGUUGUCCACUUGUGUCAUGCUCUUAAGAAGGGAGAAAAGGGUGUUGCUGCAAUCUGUAAUGGUGGCGGUGGAGCCUCCUCAAUUAUGAUCGAAAAAUUGGAUGAGGUUGAAGAAGGUCUUCCAGUUUUAACUUUUUACACAAAAGAUCCAUGCCCUCUCUGUGACAUAGUCAUGGAAGAAUUAGAACCGUACAAAAAUAGAUUAGAGAUACGUAAAGUUGAUAUAACUUUAAAAGAGAACUUGAGGUGGCUAAGAUUGUAUCGGUUAGAUAUACCGGUUCUAUUUUUAAAUGGCAGGUUUUUAUGUAUGCACAGGCUUAAUCAUGAUGUACUAGAAAGAAGACUUCUACGAAUUGAGUCUUAUAAAUAAGUUGUAGGUGUAAUGAUAUGUGAUAUAAAAAUUACAAAAUUUAUCUUGCCGAGAGGGCAAGGUCAUUAUUAAGAUUCCUCCUGAUAAGUCUGUUAGAAUAGAUAACUGAAGAAUCAAUAAAAUCAAACAUAAUUUUGCUCCUGUAACAGAGAAAUGAUAAUAUUAAGCAAACAGCAUACUUAAUCAGUUUUAAAAGUA